GACUUCUGUUUUAGGGGUUAUGGGUUUCUAUCACACUGGCAGGGUGUCAUUCGACAAACGUUCUUCUUAGCCCCAUCGGGACUUCACUGCCCAGUGCCCAUCAUGCGUUAUGCAUAGCCCUCGGAGGCAAACAUGAAUCAAUUGAAAGAGUUAAAAAAGAAUUCCUCAUCUUGGCCUCGUCUCAUGAAUGUCUUCGACUCCGUUGCUCGGAAGUAUCGUGUCUAGAGUCCUCUCACCCUCCCAAUAUGUCCCAGUCGACUGCGGUAUAUUCCACACCGCUUCAUUCACUUAGAGAUACCGUUCUAGACAUCUCCCCAUCUGCCACCCCACGCCGAAUUCGGCUUCUCGACUGCUUGCAAUUUUUAGAUCAUGACAUCCUCGCAAUCCACGAGUAUCCCGACAUCCCUUCCUUCCCAUACACAGCCAUAUCGUACGUCUGGAAGGGCUUAGAUGUUGAUCCCAACCACACCGACGACAAGUACGGCACAUUCGCUGUCAAGGGCGCUGAAAAUGGUGACCCGAUCAGUAUCGAUGUCCUCAAGCAUGCAUGCACUGCUGCUGUGCAAAAUGGAACGGGGUACAUCUGGCUCGACAGACUCUGCAUCCUGCAGAAUGAUAGCGAUGACAAGGCCUGGCAAAUCCGCCAGAUGUACAUGAUCUACAAAUCUUGUGCAGUGUGCAUUGUUUUACCUGGUGGAGUGCGCAGACUCGCACAGUUUGAUGAAGAAACGACGUGGAUCCAGCGUUCAUGGACCCUCCAAGAAGUUAUGGCUCAAUCAAAUGUAAUGAUCUUAUAUGCUUGGAAAUACGGAAAGGCCUUGUCCGGCAUCAAAAGUGUCAGCGCAUUGUUUGCUUAUACCGAAGUCAUCCAAGAAGGGAAGAAGUUUACCUCUUUCUCGAUCAAGUUCUUUGGUCGUGCAAAAGAUCCCAAUGUCAGCGCACUCCUGGCUGUUCUGGAUAAUGGCGGCACGCAGUCAGAAGCUGGUGCGCAAGCAGUAUGGCGAUGCUCGCUCAUGCGCACUUCCUCAUUUCCCGUGGAUACCGUGCUCAGUAUCAUGGGCUUGUUUGGAGUCACACUUGAUCCCCGUGACUUCCAGAAAGGAGACAGACGAGGCGCAACCAUUGCCCUUGCCAAAGAGAUACUACGGAAAGGAGGAAGGGCCAGUUGGCUCGCUCCUUCCCUCAGUCUUCCCCCAGCAAAAGGGCUCUCUGCAUUCCCAGAGUUUCCGCAUGUGUCUGUGGCAGGACAAGCGACCCUGACGACCGAGGAGGGGGACCGACCAGUUACAGAGUUGCUACCACGGGUUGGAGAGGGAUGGCUGGAAGGUGUCCCAACAGGGGUGAUGGACGACACCGGAUACUUCACUUUUUCCGGCCCUGCUGCGCUUUUGGUUCCAACAGGUCUCCGAAAGAAAGAUCACACCUUGUACGACAACAAGUCUCCAUUAGAUGCCAAUGGGCAGCUGCAGGUUGUUGCAAUGGACGGCGCCAUCUGGAGGAUACAUCUUGAUGGUGAAGAAACCUAUCGGCCUGCACGCCGCGCUUUCAUAGUCUUCAUAGGCGCUCUGGUGCACUAUACUUCCCCUGCCUUUGGCGCAUGCUACGUCGAUCCAUAUCGCUAUAGGGCACUGCUGUUGGAGGAGGACGAGCCUGGGAAGUUCCACAGGACGUCCUAUUUCGCUUUGCACGAAGCAUACGUACCUUACAUCAAGCGCUGCAAAACAUAUACAUUCUGACCAGUUUGACGUAUAGCUGUUUAUCAUUUUCUCCGCUCUGUUAUUUGGCAGGGAGAUUGCAAUGCAAUUGGCUCGUAUUAUGUAUACAAUUCAACAGUAUCACAAUGUACAACUGAUAGAAUUUUAAGUAGGAAAAAACGCAUGGAUGUUAUCCUUCCAGAUUCUUUCGAAGAACUGUCUAACAUGGACUGUCAAAUAUUGCCUACAAAC